CUUUUCCCUCUAACCAGUGACUGUAACUGAUGUCAUUUGUUGCUAGCUUCAUGGGAGGAAGAGGAGUCAGUCAAAGACAAACAUGAACAAGCUGAAGUCCUCUCAAAAGGAUAAAGUUCGACAGUUUGUGGUUUUCACACAGUCCAGUGACAAGACUGCAUUGAGUUACUUGACUCAAAAUGACUGGAAGUUAGAUGUUGCCAUUGAUAAGUUUUUUCAAAAUCCAGAGCUCUACCUUUCAAAUCUAAAGGGCGGCUUUGACAAGAAGAAGCUUGAGCAGCUCUAUAACAGAUACAGAGAUCCUCAUGAUCCCAACAAAAUAGGCAUUGAUGGGAUUCAGCUCUUCUGCGAUGACUUGGCGUUGGAUCCUGCAAGCAUAAGUGUUCUUCUCAUAGCUUGGAAAUUUCGAGCUGCAACUCAGUGCGAGUUCUCCAAACAAGAGUUCAUGGAUGGCAUGACGGAACAGGGAUGUGACAGCAUAGACAAGCUGAAGGCCCAGCUGCCAAAGAUGGAGCAAGAAUUGAAGGAUCCGGGGAAAUUCAAGGACUUUUACCAGUUUACAUUUAACUUUGCUAAGAAUCCAGGCCAGAAAGGUUUGGAUCUAGACAUGGCAAUCGCAUAUUGGAAUUUAGUACUGCCAGGAAAAUUCAAGUUUUUGGACUUGUGGAACCAAUAUUUAAUUGAACACCACAAACGAUCGAUUCCCAAGGACACUUGGAAUCUCCUGCUGGACUUUAGCUCCAUGAUCACAGAUGACAUGUCGAAUUAUGACGAAGAAGGAGCUUGGCCUGUACUUAUCGAUGACUUUGUGGAGUUUGCACGACCGCAAAUCGGAACCAAGAGCACAACAGUUUAACAGCUGGACACACUUGCAGUGAACGGAGGACUAGUGGACCGUAAUGAGAUGGAACUUUGUUGCCUUCUCAACCCUCAGGACUGAAAUAUUUUAUACUGCAGAGACUUUAUUAAAAAAAAA